AUGGAUCAACCACAAUCUCCAUCGGAAGAAGGAGGACCUCGGCCUCAAGUAAAGAAGAAGGUUCUGCGUAGUAAAGGCAAAGUACGUCUGGUAGCGCCAGUGGACCCUCUAGAACUCUUGGAGCCUGAUGAAGAGGGCACUGAAAUGGGCAAAGAGGCAAGGGUAUGGAAGAUAUACGUGAAGGAAGCAGACAAAUGGGAUGCAGAGCUGAUCGAUGGAUGGAAUAGAUUUAUAAUUGAAAGUUCGAAGAUGCUGACGCAGGAUUCCAAUGCUAUUACAGUCAAUGCACUAUUUACAAUCUCCCAGAGCCUGGCUGCCAUCGCCAACAACGUCCCGGGGAACACUUCUACUUUAGCAUCAACCGCUUCAAACUUGGAGUCUAGCCCUGGCUCACCAAAACAUGCGGUAAUAAUCAAUACCCUUUGGUACUUCUCUCUCAGCCUAAGCGUUGCGACUUCACUCCUUUCCAUGCUUGCCAAGGACUGGUGCUACUCGGAGCUAACCGAACCGGGCAUCCAUGGGAUCAAGCCCUUCGAAGACAGAGAAAGGGACGAUGAUCGAACAAUGGAAAAUGCAAGAGCUAAUCAACGUCCUACCAUUCCUUAUCCAUUCUUCCCUCCUACUUUUUGCUAUUGGUCUAUGCAUCUACGUCUGGGACUUGAAUCAAACAGUCGCAAUCCCCGUCAUUUGCGUCACUUGUAUAGCUUCGGCAUUUUACAUCUGGUCAAGUCUCAUGGCAAGCGUCGUAAAACUAUUUCCUUAUACCACAAUUCUCUCGAGAAUCGUGCAGUCCGAGUACAGCACAAGUACAAGGAUGCAAAGAAGCACGGCAAGGCGUUCAUUUCAAGCAUGAUAGAUGUCAUAUCUUCUGCUGCUUCUGGGGUGCUUAUACGCGCUUUGUUGGGUGCUUACCGCAAUCCUUUACAUACUUCGUCUCCCAGUGACGGCCGUAUACCAUAUUUGGCACAAUUUUCUUUGGAGAAAACCUGGGGAUACCAACCACCUCAAGUCGUACCUAGAAAAUGUGAAGAAACUCGUAACGUAUCAGAAUUUUCUCGCCCAUGGGCGCCACGUGAGAGUGAUCACGACCACGUUGCUAGCUUAGCGCUUCGGUGGCUCAUACAAAACUGCGAAAAUGCUUCUUCCGUAGACGCAGCACUCCAGGCAAUCGCGGGGGCCAGUGCAAGAAUACCAAAAGAGCCGCUAGAGGCAUGUCGUGCAGCGUUACAGAUUGUGCGACGCCUAGCUUCCGAUCCGGAUACUGAAGAAGCAGAGCGCCCCAGACCAGGCAAAGGAGCCAGGGGGAUAAAAGAAAACACCUCUAGCGCUGAUGUAUUUCUCCGUAACUUCCAACCAGAACACGAACGGCAGAUCGAUGAGCUAAUUACUUCCACCGACUUCUCGCCAACUCCAUAUAACCUUGAAGCGCUUUAUCUGGGAAGCACUGCUGCGUCGAUCAGCUCCCGUCUGCUCAAAGGGGACGACUCAGAUGCCUCUGAUACAUUCGCAAAAUUGAUUAGUCUUCUCCUCGAUCACAUAGAAUCCAGUGUCAGACAACUGAACUCAGCUGCCUUGCGAUCCCUGACAAAUACCACAGUCAUGCUUGCGUCGUGCUCCCCCACGUCAUUGUUCAGUCCUGCCGACACUGAUAGGAGCCCUCAGAUAGAAAGCGUGCUGGAUGCAUCUACAGCGUUUCUCGUAUGUCUAUCACUCCAUAGUCUUCCAGCAAUCGAGGAGACCGAACAAUCUCUCUGUAUUACCACUGGCACUCGGGUCGAACGUGCGACAUUAUUUCUCACCGAUCAACACUCACAGAGACAACCCGCCAAAUCAGCGUUUUAUCAUGUCGCAAUGGCAGAGAUGCUAUUUAGCUGGAACUCACACGAAGAUAGCAAAAUGGCACAGGAUAUAGCAGAUAAAAGAGAGCAACUCAGUAUGGCUUACCUUCGCGAGGGGCUCAAGAUACAGCUGCCUACAUCAGAGAGACAGCGUGCUGCAGAAAUUAGGAAUCAGCAACUCGCGAUUUCCGAGUUUCUCGUAGCCGUAGAUCGAGUCUGCAAGUUGACGGCUCAUUCCGAAGAUUGCGCUUCGAGCAACGUCGUGAAUUUAUCGCCACCGGUAUACUGGCUCUUCGUAUGGGCCACUUGCCUGACUCGGCUUGACGCGGAUCGAGCCAUAACCGAUAAGUUGCUACCAAGCAUGGCAUUUCCCGUAUUGAGUGUAGAGUUUGCGACUAUUGUAGAUGAGGUUAUGCCCAUGCUAUGGGCGACCUACAACGACCAAAACCUCGGGUUCGAAGGCUCAUCUCAGUCAUGGCGGUUUCCACCACCGAUUGUGGCAGGUUGA